AUGAAGUUCUCAUUAAUCAACACAAUCAAAGCUCUGGCGUUUGUCGCUGCCACGGCUUUCGCUAUUCCUACUGCGAACCUGCCCUUUACAUGCCCCGAAGACUGUACAGAGUACUACGAUGGUUGCAAUUCGUGCACAUGUGGUAGACCAGUUUCUGUAUGCACACAGAAGAUCUGUGUAGAGCUGGCAGAACCUAAAUGUGUGCAGAAGAAUGAGGGGCAAGACAAAGUGAUUGCAGAGCAAGACAACCUGAUUUUACCCGAAGAUGCAGCCGUGGAUAUAAUUGAAGAUUUAGAGGAGGAUGAAAUACCUUAUGCGAUGGCUGAUGCGGAAGAGUCGAUAGUAUACACUGUCGAGGAUACUAUUGAAGAUUUAGAGGAGGAUGAAAUGCUUUAUGCGAUGCCUGAUGUGGAAGAGUCGACAGUAUACACAACGUAA